AUGGCAUCAUUCAAGACAUCCUCCCUUUUUGCUAUCACAACUUUGGUAGUGCAGGUUGCUGCUCACGGUCAUGUCGACUGGAUCAUAACCAACGGAGUAGCGUACCGAGGAAAUCCAACCCAGUUCCCCGUCGCUGGAUGGAUUACCGGCGCAACUGAUAAUGGCUAUGUGGAACCAAAUAGCUUCUCCGACCCUGAUAUUAUCUGCCACAGAGCCGCUAGAAAUGCUCGAGGCCAUAUCGCCGUGUCCGCUGGCGACAAGAUCAGUCUCAAAUGGAACGACUGGCCAUCAUCUCACAAGGGUCCUGUCAUUGACUACCUAGCCAAGUGCCCCGGAAACUGUCAGGACGCUGACAAGAAUGACCUUGAGUUUUUCAAGAUCGGCGAAGAAGGUCUCAUUGACCUAUCCAAGGACAGUGGCCACUGGGCUUCGGAUGUUCUCAUCAGCAAUGGUAACUCCUGGACCCUCCAGAUUCCUUCGGCUUUGGCUUCGGGAAACUAUGUUUUACGACAUGAGAUUAUUGCUCUUCACGGUGCAGGGCAAAGAAAUGGUGCACAGAAUUAUCCUCAAUGCUUCAACAUUAAAGUCACAGAGGGUGGAAAUGUACUUCCUGAAGGUGUCAAAGGCACCGCGCUUUACAAAUCCGAUGAUCCGGGUAUCCUCUUUGACCUCUACGUGCCCAGGGGCUCCUUGUCCUACGAUAUCCCCGGACCUACUCUGGUACCAGGUCUUCCUUCAUCAGUUGAGCAAAGGACGACAACGGCUACUGCGACAUCCAGCGCCAAAAUUCCAGGCCAACAGACCACGUCUUCGUCGUCUUCAUCAUCUUUGUCGUCGUCGUCUUCGUCAUCCUCAGCCUCAACAGCAACGCCUGGUAACUCCAGCUCUUCAUCUUCUUCAAGCUCAACUGGUAGCCAAGGCACAACACUCAUAACUACGACUACAAGCAAGUCUGAUUCCACUCCGACUGGAGACAUAAUGUGCGGACCGGUACAUGGCCUAGCCAAAUAUUCCCAGUGUGGAGGAAAGAACUACGUUGGUCAGACUGUUUGCGCCUGGGGAGCUACAUGUCAGGUAGUGAACGAGUACUACUGGCAGUGUCUUUGAUAGGCUUAUUACAAUGUUGUUCUGCGUCAGAGAACUGGUAUUCUUCUCGUGUCUUGGAGGCAGUUUCAGUAUUCGAAUAGUCUAUUAUAACUAACAGUAUCUUUCUCCACAUCAAGACCUUCAUCAACAGAGUGCUAGAGGAUAGAUCAUGUAGUUACA